GAAAAUUAACGGUUAGGCUAUUUCUUCAAAUUACUGUGCCCACCAUCACCAAGAAUUAGGGGAUAUUGAUCAAGAAGGUAAGCUUUCACAGUCUCCAGUGACCACCAACCAUGGCAGUGAUGCAGCAGAUCACCACAGUCUCUACUGCACAGAGCUCCGGAGACUGGAGCACAGGGCUGUGCGACUGCUUCUCCGAUAUGGAUACUUGUUGCUGUGGAACUUGGUGCUUUCCUUGCAUGCAGUGUCAAACAGUCUCUCAGUACGGCUGGUGCUGUCUUUACCCAGUACUGGAUUCAGAGUGCAUGGUGGUGUCCUGCCUUUUCCGCCAGUCAAUGAGGGAUCGCUAUGGCAUCCAGGGCUCAUUCUUCAGCGACUGCUGCACGCUCUGCUUCUGCUAUCACUGCGCGUGGUGCCAGAUGACCCGGGAGGUGAAGAGACAGGCCCAAAGAGGAGGGACCACCACUGUCAUCGCCCAGCAGGUCGUGUCAUAGAGGGCAGGACCCAGAUUGCCCUGUUCCCACACAAGUGGUGCUUUGUAAGGGAGCAGAAUUCCAUAAAGCCAAAGUAGAACCCAUGCAAAUGUAAACAGGUUUCUCACUCAUAUAUUAAUGAGCUUUUUAUUAAAAUAAUAUCUUAACCUUAGAAGUGUAGAUUCCUCAUUUUCAUCUGGAUAUUUUAUAUUUCUUUUUUACAUUACAUGGGCAGACUGAACAGUUCGCUCCUAAGCAGUCAUUCCUAGCUAUAUUUUUCAUUCCUUUGUCCAUUAAAAACAUGCAACAGU